CCGAGGGGGCCGCCUUCCCUGGCGGCGUCAUCACAUGCACUCUUUGCCAGCAGCAAUUCGCUAAUGGGGCCCCGGGCUUCAUGCGGCACCUCACGGUCAGGCAUGCCGGCUGCAGCAUCGACAACGAACUCCUGGCCACGCUGCGCGGCCUCCAGCGUGUGGCCUGCGCAGGGGCUGGGUGCGGCGGCAUCAGGCGUGCCGGCAUGACAUCCUGCAACCACUGCAGGCGCAGCACUCCCACCAGACCGCUGGCCGUUGGGGACCUGAUUGUCGGCCCGCGUACGGGUGUGGCCACUCUGGCCGCAGAACCCCCCGCAGGGGCAUCGCAGGCAGGGCACGAUGCCAGCGCCCACGCAGACGACGUUUCCCUCCCUCCCGGCUUCAUCGAGAGAGUGCGGCGAUUGCCGGGUGGUGCCACGCAGGUGCACAUCCCCAUCGCAUUGAGGGUCAGACACGCCCGGAGAUGGGCAACCACACUGGAGGGUAUGGAAAAGGAUCUUCCGGGUUGGACUGCGCUGGAGGAGGCGCGUUCGCGUUUGCUCCUCACAACCCCACCUCAAGGCAUGCACGUGGAGACCGAGAUCGCAGUGCGCACACGCAUGUGGGAAGCGAAGCAGUUCGAGGCUUUACCGUCUCGCCUUGAAGCGCAACGCAUUCUGGGCCCGGGGGUCAGGAGAGGCAGGAGGUCCAGGAGACGUGACGACGCCGCCGAGGACAAGAAACGCAGGAGCAGGAAGCAGACAGCAGAGGGAGCCUACCGCAAGGCCAUCAACACCAUGACCUCCGAGGAUGCACAAUUCUCUGCACAGGCCCAGGCACGACAUGCUUCGGAGCUCAUCCCGAGGUCCGAGCGGCCCGAUGCUCUGUGGGUCCGCCCAGGCGGCGCCCAGCCCUCCGACGGGAACUCCACCUCCGAGGGCGGACACGGGAAUCGACCAGACGGCAGCGCAUCUCAGGAAGCAUCUCUUGGACCUGCCUCCCACAGCGAUGACCAUCCCCUCAAAGGUGUGAGGUAUGCCGCCCUGACUGCCCCAGGGCCCACUGGAACCAGGGCCGAGCACGCCAAGGAAUGCCUCGGGUGCAAGAGCCACGUGGUUGCUAACAAGCUCUGCAGGGUACUGCUGCGCGUGCAGGACAAAAUACGACGCGGGGACCUUCGGCCAGAGGCACGGUGGUUGAAGAGGACCCGCCAUAUCUUCUUGAAGAAGAAGAUCUCCACCACGCCACGCCCCGUGCGCAUGGGAGAAUUCCUUAGGGGGGCCAUGGCCAAAAAGGCUCAAAAAAAGGCAGCCCCUCGACUGCGCAAACGCUUCCGCGAGUACCACCAGUGGGGCGUCGAGAUGCCUGGGGGCGCGGAGGCUUUAGUGCAUUGGAGAGGCCACGUCGAGGAGAUGGCGAUGGACGGCACGCUGGAGCCCCUUGUUGCGUUCGACCUGGACCUCGAGAACAUGUUCGGCAGUCGAGGAUGGUUCCAGUGGGAGCACGAGACGCCGGAAGAGAUCGAGCUCCCCUCCGGAGACGUUGCUGUUUCCGACCGUGGUGCGGGGCAAGGGGACGUUUUUGGUUCGAGCACCUCUUCGCUCACCCUCGGGCACCACAUCGGGGUUCACAGGCAGCGUCACCAGGGGUCGUUGGGAGACGCUCCGAGUGCCGGGGCCGUGGACGAGUGGUUCAUCGACGACGGCCAGGCCUUCGUUCGGCCUGCACUGGCCAGUGCUUGGCUUCGGUCUGUCGACGCUGCCCUGGCAGCCUUCGGAGGGCGCCGCAGCACCGGCGCAGCCUGCAAAAGCGUUGCCCGGCUCCUGUGCCCCGAAGCGCGGAUGACCGAGUUCCAGGGGUGGGCCAACGGGUACAUCUCUGACACGUGCCGCGUGGAGGAGGCGGCCACCGCGCCGAAGGUCCUAGGGGUGCACGUGGGGAACGCCGACCAGGAAGUCUCGGACUUUCGCGCGGCCGUCCUCAAAGUCGAGGCCGCCCGGGCGUCGAUCAUGGAACUGGACCACCCGCAGUGCGAGCUCACGCUGCAGCGCCGCUUCUUGGACGUCAGCAAAGCUCUCCCAGCCUUCAUUGCGAGACGGGUAUCGUCGCGACCGCUCGUGAACGAGAUGUUCCAGCACGUCGAGAACGCUGGCAUCGGGUCACGAGUGUCGCUCUUGCACCGCUACGACCAGCGGACCAACGCAGCACUUCGGAGAUGGCUCGACUCCCUCCCCCAGGGCGCGCGGGACCAGGUCCACGACGCCGUCGAGAGGGCAGCCGAAUCCGCGGAGAGGAGGUGGCGGGAUUGGUGUUCAGGCGAGGAGGGCGAUGGAGAGGCCAACGAGGGGGCGGAAGGCCCAGCCCGGCCGCGGGGCAGCAGGCGCCCAGCCGCGGGCCUCGUGCCAGACGCCGGCACCGAGGACCCCGAGCACCCCGCUUCCCCAGCGCCCAAGGGCGGGCCGCGGCUGCAGAGCGAGCUCGUACGCUUUGCAGAUGCCACUGUCGCGCACGGCCUCCUGGCGAAGAUGCGCGAGGCCGGCGACUGGGAGCGCGAGCAGCUGCUCAGCGAGCUUUCCCAUCCAGACGGCUCGCAUGAGUGGCUGUGGGCCGUG